CAUCAGACUACUAGACUCGGAGCAAAUGUGACUUGACCCGGUCAACAAUUCCCCUCCAUGCAGUCCCCGAGCAAUGAGCCGGACUCGCCGGGGUCUACCGCACAACCUCCCCCUCCCCCCGAGCCCGAGCAGAGCUAUUAUCCCCCACGAGUCUGCCGCAUCUGCCUAGACACGGUCCUGCCCACCGUGCAGCCGUCGGAAUUUCUCCAAAGGCCCCGCGUGGUCUACGAGUCCACCGAUCCCGAGCUAGGCCGAUUGCUCCGUCCGUGCAAAUGCAAAGGAUCCUCGCGAUAUGUACACGAAGGAUGCCUGCAGACAUGGCGGCACGCGGAUCCCAGAUAUGGUCGGCGGAACUACUGGCAAUGUCCAACCUGCGGCUUUCAGUACCGGCUGGAGCGGUUGACCUGGGCUCGAUGGAUCAGUAGCUCUGGGACACAGAUCUUGCUGACCAUUGGCAUUCUGCUUUUAACUAUGUUUCUCCUUGGUUUUGUUGCUGACCCUAUCAUUAAAUUUUUCCUCGUCGAGUUAGACGAUCUCCCCUUGGAAGUGGAGGAUCUUGACACAGCACAGGCUUCGUGGGUGGCCCAUUUCAUCAAGGGACUUGCGUCUCUCGGUCUGCUGUCCUUCUUCCGGGUCAUGUUUAUGAUGUCGCCGUGGAAUCUCCGUGUUGCAACGGGAGGAGGUCGGUCUUCGAGCCGAGAUCGAAUGCGUUGGCUGAUGAUUGUCAUUGGCGUGGGCACUUUCCUAUGGGCUGUCUACAAGGGCGUCCGAUCCUGGAGUAAACGAACACUAGAAAGGGCCGGCGAGAGAGUCAUGGAUGUCCCUUUACCAGACGAUGAGGACGAUGAUGCUGCCAUGCCACAACCGCAGACUAGUGAUCCUGAUCAUCCCAAGACUGAUUAACCCUUCUAUGUUUUUGUUUUCCCUUUUAUACCCUCCUACUCGCACUACUUUAAGUUGCCGUGCUCCUCUCCAUGACACGCUGAUUAGUCACUGUGCGAAGAACGAUUCUCGACCUUCAUUAACUCUCGACUGUUCUAUCUGAGACUCCGUGUUGAUGACCUCUGGAACGUUUUGUGCCAUGUUAUCGACGUGUUGUCGCUAAUCAGAUGGACGUUGAGGGGAAGGCAGAACCACGCCUCGAUUAGCAAACGGGAAAGCAUCCAUUCCAUUUAUCAUGGAUGGACUCUACGCGCUUUUUGGAAAUCGAGGGAUGGUACAUUUUUCAUGUGCCGUAUCAAUUAGGGGGAAGUGUUCACCUUUCAGCGCUCAUCUGAACUCUUACUUUUUGUUUAUACCCCACGACUCAUGUCGCCAGAGCUUUUUCCACUUAGGCAGAUUAAUCAACUUUCUUCG